AUGAAGACUUAUAUUGUUAAAUAUGGUAAUAAAGAAAAUAACGAGGUUCUUUUAAUUUUUUAAUCAUCCAAUACAUAAAUAUUAAAAGUAAUCAUUUACUUAAGUUGUAGUAUCAAAACUAGAUAUUUAUUCAAAGCAUAAUCGAUAUAAGAUGUUACUUUAUAAAUUCAUAGAGUAGGUGAAAUUGAUAAAGCAAAAGUGUUUAUUAGUGAUGAAGAUAGAUCAAGAGAUGCAUUUGAUUGUUUUUUAUUUAGAAUCACUUAUAUUUGA